AUGGUUCGAGAAGGGAUUGUGCUUGGACACAAGAUUUCCGAGAAAGGGAUCGAGCUCGAUCGAGCUAAGGUGGAUGUCAUGUUGCAGCUCCCUGUUCCCAAGACUGUGAAGGACAUCAGGAGUUUUCUGGGUCAUGCAGGGUUCUACAGAAGAUUCAUCAAGGAUUUCUCAAAGAUAGCAAGACCCUUGACAAGGCUUCUGUGCAAGGAGACAGAUUUUGAGUUUGAUGAAGAAUGCCACAAGUCUUGGACCUUGCUGAAGGAUGCUCUGGUAUCUGCGCCAAUAGUUCAAGCUCCAAACUGGGAUCACCCAUUUGAGAUUAUGUGUGAUGCAUCUGACUAUGCAGUAGGAGCAGUGCUUGGCCAAAAGAUAGACAAGAAACUCAAUGUCAUCUACUAUGCAAGCAAGACUAUGGAUGAUGCUCAGUGCAAGUAUGCAACCACAGAGAAGGAACUCCUUGCCAUAGUCUUUGCCUUUGAGAAAUUUCGAAGCUAUAUAGUUGGGUCCAAGGUGAUUGUGCACACUGACCAUGCUGCCCUUAGGCACAUCUUCGCUAAGAAAGAUACAAAGCCAAGACUUCUCAGAUGGAUCCUUUUGCUUCAAGAGUUUGACAUAGAAGUUGUGGACAAAAAGGGAGUAGAAAAUGGAGUUGCUGAUCAUCUCUCUAGGAUGCGAGUUGAAGACAUGAUCCCCAUCAAUGAUUCUAUGCCUGAAGAACAGCUUAUGGCAAUCAUGAUCUUGAAGGAGAGUUUUGAUGAGAAAGUCAGGCUGGAAGAAGUUAAGGCUCUGCGUGAUGAGAAUUUGCCAUGGUAUGCUGAUAUAGUGAACUUCAUGGUGUCCGGAGAAGUCCCUAGUAGCUUUGAUGCUUACAAGAGGAAGAAAUUCUUCAAGGAUGCUAGGCAUUACUAUUGGGAUGAGCCUUACUUGUACAAGAGAGGACCAGACAGCAUUUACAGGAGAUGCAUAGCUGAAGAGGAUGUACAAGGAGUUCUAGAGCAUUGCCAUGGGUCAGCUUAUGGAGGUCACUUUGCUACAUUCAAAACAGCAACAAGGUUCUGCAAUCUGGGUUGUGGUGGCCUACCUUGUUUAAAGAUGCAGCAAGCUUACAUCGCAAAGUGUGAUCCAUGCCAAAGGAAAGGAAGUAUCACCAAGAGAGAUGAAAUGCCACUAAACCCAAUUCUGGAAGUUGAGAUCUUUGAUGUAUGGGGAAUAGACUUCAUGGGACCUUUCAAGCCUUCCUCAAACGGGCACAACUACAUUCUGGUUGCUGUGGACUAUGUGUCCAAAUGGAUUGAAGCCAUCCCCUGCCCAGCCUGUGAUGCUAAGGUUGUUAUCAAACUGUUCAGAACCAUCAUCUUUCCAAGAUAUGGCAUCCCAAGGGUUGUUAUUUCGGAUGGAGGUUCCCAUUUCAUCAAUAAAGUGUUUGAGAAGUUGAUGAAGAGUUAUGGAGUCAAGCACAAGGUCGCUACACCUUACCAUCCUCAAACCAGUGGGCAAGUUGAGGUCUCCAAUAGACAGAUAAAGGCCAUUCUUGGAGAAGACAGUGAGCUUACUAGGAAGGAUUGGUCACAAGACUUGAUGAAGCUCUUUGGGCCUAUAGAACAGCUUACAAAACCCCCAUUGGAAGGUCCCCUUUCAACUUGCUGUAUGGAAAGGAUUGCCACUUACCUGUAG